AUGGCCAAUUUCUCUGUACUUAUCAAGUUUGAGUCUGAAGAGGACCGGGAAACAUAUUUUGCCAAUCUUGGUCCCGAUGCUCAAGGCCCGCCAACUGUUGGUACCAAAGUCAGCGCGGUCAAGUCGUUACAUGACUUGACGGAUAACCAUGAGACCAGAACAGUAACAAUUCGUCGUCUCACCUUGACAUCGGUUCCUCCUCUAUGGACCAAACCAGCUGCGUCCCUUGCAAACCCAGACGAAGACAUCCCAAUCAAUGACUUCUGCGCAAAGAGUCUUCCAGACUACGAGGGCGAGCUUGUAUUUGUCACCUCUAAACAAUGUCGCGACAUAUCUCCCAAGGAAGCCAAGGACUACAUCCUGGGUUACACCGUAGGAAACGAUGUUUCCUGUCGCAUGUACCAGCUUCCCAAGCAUUCUGCCGGUCAAUUCUUUUUCGCUAAGGCUUUCGACAAGUUUGCCCCUAUUGGUCCUGCUUUGAUCAGCCCAGCCAUAUUUGGUGAUGGUUCAGGCUUUUCAGUAGAAGCAAAGGUCAAUGGAGAGGUCAGGCAGGUAGCGGAGUUCAAGAAGGAUAUGGUGUUCUCGCCAGAGCAGAUUCUUAGCCAUAUGAGUCAAGGAACAACCAUACCGGCUGGUACAGCGGUCAUGACUGGAACGCCCGCUGGAGUCGGUGCCUUCCAUAGUCCCAAGGUGUUUCUCAAAGAUGGCGAUGUCCUUGAAGUCACUAUGGCGCGGGUUGGAACGUUGCGGAAUGUUAUCAAGUUUCAGUAA